UCCAAGGGCAACGCGAUGCUCUAGUGUAGGCCACAGACAGGGUUGCGAAGGAUUACUUACUGCCAAUAGCAGGUCUGCUGCUGGUCCUCAGAGUACGGCGAAAUGUACAAGCUGGACUUGCCCGUGGAUUUAAAGGAGGCAGCUCUCCUGGAGAAAAGAAGAGAAAUCGAACUGCAGAGACAGAGCCGAGUGUUUAAUAGUAAAGUCCGCACCAUCGGGGUUGACAAGCAAGCAUUGGAUGCUCAAGUUCAUGAUAACAAGAUUCAGCAGGAAAUUGAAAAUAAAAGACAAGAAGCAUAUGAUACACAGAGGCUACAACAUGACAAAAUUGUCUGCUUGCUGGAUGAAAGACAAAAGGAAGAUAUCAGAAACCUGAACAAAGCCACCAAUGACUUCCGAUUGUGCUUUCAAAAGAAGGAGGAUCGUCGAGAAUAUGAUCUGUAUGACCCAAAUGCAUUAAAGAAAGAUCUGCCUCCACGUAUAUCUGAUGACGAUAAGCGAUGCAGUAUUUCUGGUGUUCAGCGACUGAUGGGAGAAGAUUUAAAUAAACUAAAUCGAAAAAAAGAACAACAGGAGCAGUUGCGAGAAUGGUCCCUGCAGCAGCAGCAAGAAUGGGCAAAAGCAUUGGAGGACAAAAAGUUUGCAGAUACUAUGUAUGACAAGAUGAGUAUUAAACUUGACCAAAAGGCAGUGGAACUGCAAAUGAUGGAAGAAAAAGCAAAACGAGAUGUGUGUUAUUCUACAAAGGAUUUCAACAGAGCUCAGGCUGAAGAAGCUUCAGAAAGAAAAAAGCUAGAAAAGCAGCAGGAGGAAGAGGAUAAUUCAGUGGAAAUUUCCAACCUUAUUGACGGGGAUCUUCUUUCAGAGAAUCCUGCUCAGGCAGCAAGUGCCUUUGGGCCACAUCGUGUGGUACCUGAUCGCUGGAAGGGAAUGACGCCGGAACAAGUAAAUGAGAUUACAAAUGUACAGCAGCAGCAGAUACAAGAGAAGAAGAGGCUGAUGGAGGAGGAGAAGCAGAAAUUGGCUGAGUGGGAUCAAAAGAGGGUACAGGCUGCGAGGACAAUGAUACUGCUAGAGAGGCAGCAAAAACGUCAAGAGAAAGAACUUCGUAAAGCACAAGAUCAUAUCAACUUGCAGCUCGCAGACGCUCAGAAAGCACAGAAAAUCUACCUUGACAGAGAAGUGUUCUCUAAUGCUCCAACAGCGCAGUACUUUGAACAGUUUAAUACAACAAGUCGAUGAAAUGUUAGUGAACAAUUGAAAUAUUUAUAAAACUAUGCAGUUCCUCAGAUGUAAAAGGAUGGUUAUCAGUUUAUUUUUAUGUUUCUAAAUACUACAAUAAAUGUUAUUUGAAAUAAAAUUGCAGAAUGCAUCAAAUGUAAGAA